AUGUUCUUUCAAACCGUUGGCUUUCUAUUUCUGGCGGUUUUUAUCGGCGGACCCUUCCUUGUUAACUCCGAAGGGAUCGAGUCCUAUGAGAACUAUUACAAUGAAAUCCAUGUGGAUGAUGAGCAGGCGGAGGCCAAGACCAGAAAUGCAUUGACUUCACCGCUGCAACGCUGGCCUGGUAAUAAGAUAUAUUAUAAAAUAUCUAAGGACUACAAUGAGCAGGAGGUGGCUAAUGUCAGGACAGCAAUGGCAAGUUUUGGUGAACAAACCUGCGUGCAGUUCGAGGAGAUCGAAGGCUCUGCACCCUCAGGCAAACGGUAUGUGUCCUUCAAGAAAUCACCCAAUAUGUGCGGCACUCGAGUUGGCUAUCAACCUUUAUCCUUUGGCCCGCAUGAAGUCGUUUUAAAUGAGAAAUGUCUAACUAUGCCGGCUGUAAUCCAACAUGAAACCCUUCAUUUGUUGGGUCUUUUCCAUGAGCAAAGUCGUCCUGAUCGUGAUGAGUAUGUGGAAAUCGACUAUGAUAAUAUCCCUAGGAAAUAUUGGUCGCAGUUUAUGGCCAUGGAUCAGACUACUACUUUCAAUGUUCCCUAUGACUAUGAGAGUGUAAUGCACUAUUCAAAGAAUGCCUUCGCCAAGGAUCCCUCAAAGCCAACGAUUCGAGCCUUAAUCGAAGGCAAGGCUGUGGAGAGGGAAAUGGGACAGGUGCGAGGUCCUUCGGAGGGGGAUUGGACCAAGAUUCGGCUUAUGUACAAAUGCUAAACGAGGAAAUGAAACCGGCGAGGACUGGGAUUGGUAGGCGGCUUACUGAAGAUGUGUUUAAAUCGGUUUGUGAAAAUAAUAUAUUACUUAUGAACAACAAAGUUAU